GUACGUUAUGUACAUAAUGGAGAAUUACAAGAAGAUUUCCUUUUCUGUAAGCCGCUGCCGGCGCAAUCAACUGCCCAAGCCAUAUUUGAUAUUUUGAAUGCGUUCAUUGUUUCAAAUGGAAUAGACUGGUCUAAAUGCGUGGGUCUGAGCACAGAUGGAGCAAGAGCCAUGGUGGGACAUCGCAACGGAGUCGUUGCGCGCGUAAAAACAGCUGCGCCGCUCAUGAGCUCUGUCCACUGCAGUUUACAUCGGGAGGCGCUAGCUACCAAAAAGAUGCCCACAGAUCUCAGAUGCGUCUUGGAUGAGGCUGUUAAAAUCGUCAAUUUCAUAAAGACUAGGCCCCUUCAGUCACGUCUGUUUCGACUACUCUGUGAAGAAAUGGGAAGUGACCAUGUUCAGCUUCUGUUACACACUGAGGUACGAUGGCUUUCACGAGGCAGGGUGCUUACUCGUCUAUUUGAAUUACGCAACGAAGCACGGAUUUUUUUAUCUGACUCAAAUUUUCCCCUUUCAGACCGCCUCAGUGAUUUCGAGUGGCUUGCAAAAUUGUCCUACCUUUCUGAUAUUUUCAAUCACCUAAAUGGUGUGAACUUGAGUCUUCAGGGCAAAUCAGUGACAGCGUUUCAAGUCCAAAAUAAAAUCGAAGCCACAAUAAAGAAACUGGACAUUUGGGCCGGACGAAUUCGCAAAUCAAACUCUGAAUCGUUUGAAAAUUUGUCACAUCUUUUGACAGAAGAAGCCAUGAGCCUACCCACCUUGGUUAAAAAGCUGAUUGAGGAGCAUCUCCAAGGACUGAAGAGCCAGUUGCGUGACUACUUUCCAUCUCCAGAUGCUCAGGUUGCCUGGAUGGAAAAUCCAUUUGCAAACUUGUGUGAGGGAGCCGUCACAAGUUUAAGUGCAAAAGAGCACGACAGCCUCAUUGACAUGUCUUGUGACAGUGCUUUAAAAUUGACGUUUUCUCAAAAAACAUUGACGGAUUUCUGGAUUCAUACAUUCUCCGAGUAUCCUGAUCUUUCUGACAAAGCUCUUAAAUUUUUGAUGCCAUUUCCGACAACAUACUUAUGUGAAGCAGGAUUUUCUGCAUUGGUGGCACUCAAGACAAAAUACCGGAAUAAGCUUAACAUCGAGCCUGAUCUCCGCUUGCAACUUUCUUCCCUUCAGCCCGACAUACAGCGCUUAGUAAAUGCUAAACAACACCAACCUUCGCAUUAGUGCUCCAUUUCUCUGCCGGUUUUGACUGCUCGUUUCAACCCAGCUCUGCCUGUUCCCUCUGACGGCUCUUCGGCUCGCUGACGUUCUACCCGCUGCCGACCUCUGCCUGGAUUUGGUUUUCCCGUUUUCGAAAUGUCAACCCGAGCCUUUGGGGGCUUGCUGAUCCGUUAUGUAUAUUUUCUGUUUAUUCAAUACAUUACCAGUUUAUUCAAUAAAGACAAUUAACAGCCUUGCUUCCGAGUACUUAGUUAACCCGACACAAAAAGCGGGAUCGU